AUGCCAUCAGCAUAUGAUCUACUUCAUAAAUUGGAUCAGUCGUGGAGAGAUCGUGAGUUUUCUUGUAUUUAUUCUUAUGUUUUUAGGAUUUCCGAUUAAAGAACAACCUUCUGUUGUGAUGCAGAUGCAACCUCUUGGACUGGUUCAUAACGAGCUCUGUUCUGCAAAGCCGCAAACCAGCUUUUAUUUAAAUCAUUUUGUCGAUGGUCAUCCAGACGAUUUUGGACACGUUAUCAGGAUUGGAGCUGAAAAUUUGAAUGAUCAACAACGUUAUCAUUAUCUAAACAACUACUUUCGACCUCCAAAGCCUCCAUUACAUGAAUGGCCAUCAGAGACAAGGAUGUUAAAUGGAAAAAGGAUUGUCAGAAGACUGAAUCCAAGUUACGAUGAAAGGGCCGAUUGUAGCUCCAUGGUUUAUUCCCCCAUGUAUGAGGGAUUGUUUUGUCGGUAAGUUCAUUAAAGUAUAAUUUGAUCAAAAGUUUUUAAUUCUUAAGGUUCUACACAAGAAAUCACGUUUACUUUAUAUUGUUUUUCAUAUAUAUUACAAUUUUUAUAUUCAUAUUGUUCAGGUAUUGUGCGUUAUUUCCUCCGAAAAAACCGCAUGGUAGUUACGCAGCCUUUAUCAAACGACCGUUCGUCCGAUUCUCUCAUAUGUUUGGUAAUGGAGGAGCUGUUAAGAAGCACAUUAGCAGAAAGUACCACCUCGAAGCCGAACAAUUAGCAGAAUCAUUCAUGCAGACAUACAAACCUCAAAUUAUUUCGCUUAGCCAUUGUAGCUAACUGUGUGCUACACAUUUAUAUUAAUUUAAUGAACGGGUAUUUUGUAAAAUAAACUGUUAAUUAUUGCGAUGAAUUGAUGUUGGGACAUACUUUAUAACUAGUAUUGUGAUACUUUGAAAUGAUUUACAAGUAUAUUUUACAGUAAAAAAGUUUUAGGUAUGUUUAAGAAGCCGUAUACCGUUAAAAGUAACACGAAUGUGAGGAAUUCAGAUAGGUAUGAGACAAUUCGUUUUUUACUGACAUAUUUAUGGUAAUUUUUUAAAUUAUUAUGGAUUUAUAAAAGAAGUAAUUGUUUUUGAUUACAGGAAAAAGCUUUUUUCUACAUUUACUCCAGAGUCUGUUGAGAAAAUUCCUUCCAAAGCGACAUUUUCCAUCUCAAAAGUGUCCAACUUCCAACAACGUGAUAUAAGUGUAUAUUUCUGUGAGAAGACCCCUUUGUUCUUCAAAGUAGAAGAUGACAACUGUCUGUAUCCUACACUAUAUUUUACGUGGAAAUGCCCUAAAGCUGUCCCUAUGUUGCUAAUUCAUCGUCAAGUUUUUGAAUUCGUACAAAAUGGUGCUGAUCUGAUGCUUCCUGGUAAGUUACGUUCAGCAUAAUAUACCUUCAAGUGUAGUUUCAUGUUUUUACAUAUAUGUAUAUUUAAGUACAAUACUGUAGAAAUUGCAAAAGAACACAAAACUGCACCAAUUUAGUACUUAAUCACGAAUAUUAUAGGUGUACAUGUCAAUCCUGACUACAAACUUCCUGAAUUUCCAGCGGAUUCUCCUGUCACAAUAGGAAUCUACUCUCCGAACGGCACCGUAACAGGCCCAGUAGCCGUGGGAGUUAGUUUAAUGUCCUCACAAGUGAUGUUGGCGUCAGGAAUGAAAGGGAGAGGUGUGGCCGUCUACCAUGUUAUCCAUGAUCACUUAUGGGAAGCUGGUCCUAAAGGAAAUCCACCGACUUUACAAUUAGAAUCUCUAUAUACACCGGUCAAUAAUAAUGCAGAAUUGGCGGAAGAAGCCUUGAAAAGCUUAACAUUUGACGAAGACGCUGUGGAGAACGCAGAAGACAAGGCUUUGGUUGAUGAAACCAAAGAUUCAAGUGCUGAAGCUAAGGAUACUAGCUCCGGGUCUUUAGACGAUACUGUAGAACAUCACGAUGAAACGGUAUGUUUUAAUAAUUGUCAUGAAAAGUAUUACUUUAUGCCGCACAGUCACAAUGACAACAUUGUUAAUUCACCCUAAUCUUACUGUAACCUUUCAGCUCAAAAAGUAUUUUUUCUGGACGCUGAAGAACAACGUAGACGCAUCUGCCUUACCCGUAGACGCUGGUCAGUUUUACGCGACAUAUCUUCUGAAGAAGCUGCCCGACGGCGUUACGAUUAAUCUGAAGAAGACUUCCUUCAAGAAGUUUAGCACUUUUUUGAAGAAGAUCAACGAAGUGAGCGACGACGAGAUAGUGAAAGUGACCACCAAAAAGGGGAUCGACUCCAUCGUCGAGGUAUGUUGUCACGACUUUAUCUAGCAACUUAUCUUGUAGUUUGUUGCUUCGAUUUCGUUUGUUUACAGAAGCUUUGUAGUGUAAUAUUGUAACAGUUACUUCCAGAUCAACUUUUCCCAUCCCCUGAUUCAAACUGCUGAACAACUACAAAGUGCUUCAGUAGAGACUGAAGCUGCGACAGUAGGGAAACCGAAGAUAUCAGAAUGCUUUUCCGUAACAGAAGCUGUUAUGCCGUUUUUGGGGCAGUUUGGAUUCAGAAAAGGUGACAUCAUACAACAAAAUCAAGUACGAGAGGCCGUUGUCAGUUAUGGUAACAAACAUGUGAGUACUUAUUUUAUUAGGUGGGAGAUAAUGAGACUUAUAGUAAACUUAGCAUUGCGUAUUAUAUUACUUUUAUACUCUAUUCAUAUACAGAUAAAUUUUGUUAGAUUUACGAAAUUUACUUUUUUAGAAUCUCGUCAAAAACAAGAAUAUUGAACUUGACGACCAACUACAAACUCUGAUGAGAAACUUCCUGCCUGCUACAGUACCAUUAAACGAUGUGGUGCAAAAGUUAGUAGGUCAGAUGACAAAGACAAUAAUGGUUACUCUGGAAGAUGGAAGAAAGAACAUAAAGCGAAAUCAAGUGCCUAAUAUCGAGUUCAAGGUAAGGCUAUGCUGUUAUCAUAAAUGUACAUUACAAUGUAAUGUAACAUAAAUUAUGAAUUUCUAAUUUUUACCGACAUUAUAACAGCUAACCAUACAUUGCACAAGGUAAUCAAUUCCUAUUUAAAGAUUGAAAAGAGGUCAGGCAACAAGACCGUCACCCUGGUGAAUAACUUCUUGUUCUUCGGAAUCGACCCAAAAGUUUUUUCAAAGAAAAUACAGAAUGCUAUGGCUACGGGAGCCUCCAUCAAUCAAGAUGUGCCAAACUGUGAAGGGCCACAACUACUUGUACAUGGUAAUCAUGUCAAUUACAUCGGAGAACUACUCCAGAACGAGUUCGGUAUCAACAAAAAGUAUAUCAAAGGUCUAGAACUAGGUCUUAAGCAAAAGAAAGGCAAAAAGUAG